ACAGCUUUUCGCUUGUCAGUCCCUUCCUGCCCCUCUCCAACUGCCCCAGCAGCGUGCUGUUCCUGAGAGAAAAACACAAGUGGGGUUAUUCCUUCUCCAAGCGUUCACCAUUCUCAAGAGCUCCUCAAUGCAGCCCAAGUAUGCCCGGUCAGAAUGAAAUGUUGGAUGUUCGAGGCAUCAGGGACUUUUAUUCAGAGGAUCUUGUUUCUAAAGAAUAUAUCCUUGUUAUUGUAAAGGGGAGGUUGUGUUAAUAUUGUAGCAGUGAGGAAUUGCACGCAGGCCCCGCGGCACCUUUGCGUUCAUGUGUUUGCGCGAACGUUUCAUUUCGUUUUUAAAUGCUUUCAAAGCCUAAAGGACAAUAUCUAUCGCCAGGAUCCGUAAAGGAAGGAAUAUGUCUGUUCCCUGGCUGACUUUUGCACUUAUCUGGGGAAGUUGGUGCACAGAACCCAGUCAGGGGGAGGUGGCAACUAGAGAGUGUGUCUACUACAAUGAUAACUGGCGAACGGAGAAGACCAAUCAGAGUGGUUUUGAGCGAUGUGAGGGGGAGAAAGACAAGAGGCUGCACUGUUAUGCAUCCUGGAUGAACUCCACUGGAACAAUCCGCCUGGUGAAAAAAGGCUGCUGGCUCGAUGACUUCAACUGUUACGACAGACAGGAGUGUGUGGCCACAGAGGAGACUCCACAAGUAUUUUUCUGUUGCUGUGAAGGAAACUAUUGCAAUGAGAGAUUUACACACCUGCCCGAGGCCAUCACUCCUGCAGUAAAGAUCCAGCCCCCAGAACCGGGGCCGUCUCUUUUGGGCGUGCUGGUUUAUUCUCUUCUGCCAUUAGCCAUUCUUUCACUCGUCCUGGUGCUCGCCUGCUGGACGUACCACCAGCGAAAACCACCCUACAGACAUGUGGACAUCGGCCAGGAUGCUGGUCUUCCUCCACCAUCUCCUCUGGUUGGACUGAAACCACUGCAGCUGCUGGAGCUGAAAGCAAGGGGGCGCUUUGGCUGUGUGUGGAAGGCCCAGUUACAAAGUGAAUAUGUGGCUGUGAAAAUAUUUCCAAUUCAGGACAAGCAGUCAUGGCAGAAUGAGAGAGACAUUUUCCUCACCGAGGGUUUUAGACAUGAGAAUAUUCUACUCUACAUCUCAGCAGAAAAACGAGGCACCAACCUACAGAUGGAGUUGUGGCUGGUCACAGAAUUCCAUGAAAGGGGUUCUUUAACAGAUUACUUGAAGGGGAACCCAUUGAGUUGGCCUCAGUUGUGCCAUAUUGCUGCAAGUAUGUCCCAUGGUCUGGCGUAUCUUCAUGAAGAUCUUCCUUACAGAGCUGAGGGACCGAAACCUGCCAUUGCUCACAGAGAUUUUAAGAGUAAGAACGUUUUGCUCAAGAUGGAUUUGACUGCCGUGAUUGCGGAUUUUGGGCUGGCUGUCCGAUUCGAGCCAGGCAAACCGCCUGGAGAUACUCAUGGUCAGGUUGGAACUCGGCGUUACAUGGCGCCAGAGGUUCUAGAGGGAGCCAUUAAUUUCCAGAGGGACUCCUUCCUGCGUAUUGACAUGUAUGCUUUAGGACUGGUGCUAUGGGAGCUGAUGUCUCGCUGCACCGCCUCUGAUGGUCCUGUGGGUGAAUACCAGUUGCCGUUUGAGGAAGAGGUGGGUCAGCAUCCAUCACUGGAAGAUCUACAGGAUGUGGUGGUCCACAAGAAGAUGAGGCCCAUCUUUAAAGACUGUUGGAUCAAACAUCUGGGUUUGGGUCAGUUGUGUGAGACCAUUGAGGAGUGCUGGGACCACGACGCAGAGGCUCGACUGUCAGCAGGCUGCGUGGAAGAACGCAUCUCAGCCAUCGCCAAGGCAACCAACACUGUCAUCACUUCUACCUCAGAGUGCUUGGUCUCUAUGGUAACAUCUGACAGUGAUACGGACCUACCACCCAAAGAGUCCAGUACCUGAAUACUAAUCUCUGAACCAGGAGCAAACUUCAGGUACUGCAAAAGGAUGAUGGAAGUUCAUUGCUGCAGUGCGGACAUACCAGAACUCUCCAGUAAUGUGAACUUUGCUGCUAAUUUGAUCUUCUGAUCUUCAUGUAUUUAAUUUUUGUGUCUGUCAAUGUUGUUGGAUCGGUUUAACCAGCACAUUUCAUCUACUGUAUUCUUCCGAGAGGAAGGCACAAAACCUCAAAAUUGAGAAGACUGAUCUCUCAGAGGGCAUCCAGGGUAUCGCUGCAGACUGCUGGGAGAUGAGCACAUUACCUCAUCACUUUGUCAUUUUAUGUUGUUUUGUAUCCACUCCAUGAAUACCUCAAUCCAAAAUAUUGCCUGACUUUACCAUGACCUUGUCCUCACCCUAUAUUGACCAGCCUGCCCCUGUCCCAACCAUAAUAUGACUACUGGAUCCUAUCCCAACUGGACCUUAAUAUAUACUAAACCUACAAUUACUACCUGACCCAAUUCCAAGACUACCUGACCCUAUCCCAGUCCUUCCAUGAUUGUACCUGACACUAUUCUUGCCCUACCAUGAUUAAAACCCUGACCCUACCCUAUUCUUACCAUGACUCUACCCUAAUCUUAUCCCAACCCUACCACAACACUAUCCCGAUACUACUUGUCAGCUUGGAUUUGAUCAAGAAUGUAUGUCAUUGCAGAACAAUGGGAAAUAUGAUGACUGUUACAUGAAACCAACCUUCAGAGAGCACAAAAGUUCCUCUUUUUACUCAGUGAUUUUUUUUUAGCUUAGUUUUAUGGCUGUUUUAGCAUACCCUUCCUUUCAAAUAUCUAAAGUGUUUUGUGGGGAGUAAUUCAUGUUUCUGUUUGUGAUGGCAGAUGUCUGGUACACUGAAAGCUGAAGGCAGCAGGACUGUUAUCAUUGGAUUUGGCAUAUUGUUGCCUUUUUGGAGUUGUCAGAAUUGAUUUUAAUGUAGCAUUCACCUCUUGUUAACAUACUAUUAUCUUAAAGUAUCUUAAGUCACACAAAGUGCCAUCAGCAGAGACUUGAGGGUCGUCACUGGUGGCGAUGUUUAGUGACCUUCCACAGAGAGCAUCUGAGCUUAUGUUUUUGAUUGCUGGUGUGUUUUAGUGUAAUGUUGACAAAAGCUGCAGUUGAAAUAAAUUAUUAGCUCUGCAGCUUUAAGAAGCAAGUUCUGUGCACCAUCACUGCAUACAGGUGAAGGUUUGAUUCACGUCUCGACUCUGACUAGCUCUUAUUUUGAUCACAGCAAAUGUAUAAGUAAAUCUAUCAGGAAAGUGUGUGUGAUUGUUUAUCCACUACAGUACUCAGGUAAGUGUGUGUGUGUGUGUGUGUGUGUGUGUGUGUGUGUGUGUGUGUGUGUGUGUGUGUGUGUGUGUGUGUGUGUGUGUGAUUGUGCGACCACUCACUCUUUACAGCAAUAGCCAUCAACAGUUGGAUAAAUCUCAUGAACAAAUGUCUGAAUAAUAUUUCACCCCAAAAUCCCCCCCAAAAAAAUGCUUAAAGUGAAGCCUAUUUUAAGUGCUGAAUAUGCAUUGUGACAUUUAUUUGCAUGACAUUUAAGCAUGUUCUCCUGAUAAAUUCUCAUUGUUGUAAUGUGAAAAAAAACAAAACAUUUAGUUUCUUUAUAUAAUAGUUUUCAUUCAAUUCACUACAACAAGAUGUAUCCUUACAAUAACAAUUAAAAUAUAUAUAUUUUUUGUUUGUUUUUGCAUUACAGUAAUUUUGCUUAAUUGUCAUGAAAAUAGCAUCACAUUGCAUAUAUAUAUAUAUAUAUAUAUAUAUAUAUAUAUGACCCUGAUUAUUUCUUGACAAGUUCACAUGAGGUUCGUAUACUAGCAAUCUUAACGGUGGAUAAAAUCUCAGACCAUGCCUGUCUUAACGCAAUAAUUUCGCCAUUGCAAAAGACUGAAUGUAUGUUGCUCUGUGAAAUUGUUCUAUCAUCUCUUGGAAUCACAGUAUUGUGUACUUUGCAUUGUUCUGAAACAGGCAGCUUUUGGGUAUUAUUCACAGUUAAUCAACAUUAAUAAAAUCACUGAAUCCUAACCUUUAUAAGCUCAGUGAUUAGAUAUACCUCAGAUAUUGUGAGGUUUUUUUUUUUUUUUUUAUGGUCUUUUAUUCUGUUUUGUGGUAGCAAUAUAAUUUAUUAUACAGCUGCUUUUUUGUGGUUAAAGAGAUUUUCUUAUCUUAAUUGUUUGUUUUUAACAGAAGGUGCUAAAUUUUAUUGCCAAGUGCUCUGUGCAUAUAUAUGAAGUUUUUGCUUUAAAAUAAACAUUCACAGUUAAAAUGACUUUGUAUUAAAGGGGAUCACCCAAAAAUUACAUUUCUGUCAUCUCUUACCCUCACGUUGUUCAAAACCCAUAUGACUUAUCAUUCCUCUGUGGAACACAGGAGUUAUUAUGCAGAAUGUUGCUUCAGUCACUAUUCACUUUCCUUGUAUGGAGAGAAAAAAAGAUGCAAUAAAACUGAUUGAUGACUGAGGCUAACAUUCUGCCAUGGAGGAAAGCAAGUCAUGGGGGAUUGAAAUUACUUGAGAUGAGGGAAGAGAAUGACAAUUGUAAUGUUUUGGUGAAUUAUCCCUUUAACUCAAAGUAAAUGACGAAUAUUUCAUUUCUCUGAAGACAUGUAAACCUUCCUCAGUUGUAUGUUUGUGUGGAAUCUGUAUCUUUCCUUGCCUCCACCAUAGGAAAUGUUUUAAGUUGAAGUUAAGAAUUUUUCUAUUAUCAAAUCAGGGAUUUGAAAUCUAAUUGUAGUGCAAGUUGUGCAAAUUUAUUUUAAGCCAAACUUUGUAUUCUAUCAGGUGUUUAAUGUGUGAUGAAUGACUCGUCUUAUAAUGUAUUAAAGUUCACACAGUCUGCUGACUGAUGUAGUUGAAAGCAUCUUUUACCCUUAAAACGUACUAUAUUUCUGUACGUUUUGCAUAAACCCAGAAGUGGUGAUAUCAGGACUACCGAAGUAGAUUUCCAAUGGUCCUUAGCCAUCUUGAAGAUCCAGACGUGUGCUUGAUUUUUAAGGAAAUGUUGGAGGUGAAUGUUGUGUUGCCCUUGUAGAGAUCAAUUCAAAUUCUGCUGUCAUGUUCAGUAUUUUGUUGAAUUAAACAUUACCCAUGUUUA